UAUUGGUAUUUCUUUUUUUGAAAUAACGUUCCACAGAUAUAUGAUUUUAGGCAAUUACUGGAGAUCGGAUCGGAUCCGUGUAACAAGAAUAAGAAAUUACAGACCCCGUACGCAGCUGCGGGCGACAAGGAAACUAGAAAUACAUUUAGAAGAUUCAUGGGUGCCAAUCCUGAUAAAUACAAUUAUUCUAAGUCUCAAAUACCCGGGCCACUUACCGAUGAAAUAGAGCAAGAAGAAUUGGAAAGGAAAAGGCAACAGAGGAAGGUGAAACGGGAAAAAGAAAGAGCGAAAAGGAAAGAGUUCGAGCUGAAGAAGCAAGAGGAAGACACGAAACAGAGAUUCCUCAGUCUUAGCGAUAGAGAGAAAAGAGCUUUGUCCGCCGAGCAACGGAUUCUGAAGCAAGGCUGUACAAUGAUUUCACGAUGCUUUCAGUGUGCAGUGAAUAUGGCUGGUCAGGUGCCUUUCGAGUACAAUUACAAUCGUUUCUGUUCUAUGCCAUGUCUGAGGGAGCAUCGUCUUCGCAACAAAGUUGAUACUUGAUGCUGUGUCAUGUUUUGUAACUACAAUUUUCUCGUAAUCGUGUUAGCUAAUCGGAUCUUUCCAAUGGGUACAAAUUAUGAUAACGUCGUAAUUGUAACGUGGCUAGAUUGAAUUAUACAAAUAAUUUUCAUCGGUAAGAGAACAGUGCGAAUAAAAUCAAAAUACAAUCAAACAAUUGUGACAUAACGAAAUACACGAAGGACAUGUGUCUCGAUCAUCGUUGCUUCUUUCAUCAUUACUUUCUUUUUCUACCGCGAGGGAAAAACUGAUACGCGGGGUACUAUUUUUUUUGUAUUUUGUUUCUUCAACCGAUAAAUUAAUCGUAAGAGACCAGCAGUGUACAAACAACCCGUGCUUCUUAAAAAUUAAAUACACUUUAUAUACUUCUCGUGUCGAUUACAUUUUAAUAUAUAUAUAACUUUCUUUUACCGUAUAUUAAAUGACAUACAUAAAGAACUAACAUUUUUGUACGCUAAUAUUGAACAGUAACUAAGAUUCACACUCUUAUCCACAAUAAUACAUUCAUACCACCGUUUCACGACAUUACAACAUACAAUGUUGCGAUGACUGUAUCCUGCUGUUGUAACAUCAUAACGUUCAAGUAUAUGUGUAUAUCAUUAUACAAUAAUUAAUAAUCAUGCGAGAAGCAAGUCUUUGAGAGUAUAAUUUUAUGGGAACACAAAGUUUCCUUUCUUUCUUUGUUUCUUGUAUCCAGGAUGAUCAAAAUUACGACACCGAGUAUUUAAUCGACUGUGCGAUCUUUUGAUGAUGAUAUUUUAUGAAAGAUAAUCCAAUAAAUUUCGUAAAAAAAUUCA